AUGUGGUCAAUUCCAGUCAUCCUGUCGCUGCUGAUAGCACCAUUGAGUCCCGUAGCAGCCAAAGGCCAUCAGAAGAGCUGUGUAAUCAAGAGCGGCGGAAGUAACGUGACCGAUGAUGCCCCAGCAAUUUUGAAGGCAUUCAAGGACUGCGGGCAAAAUGGAAGAAUUGUCUUCGAACCCAAAACGUACUACGUCAAUUCGGUCAUGAACAUCUCCUGGCUCGAAAAUGUUGACAUCGACGUCCGCGGAACGCUUCUUUGGAGUAAUGACAUCCCUUACUGGCUGAACAACUCGAUGGAUGUCGGAUACCAAAACCAGUCAACAGCUCUGAUAAUUGGUGGGAAUAAUGUCCGCAUCAAUGGCUAUGAAAAGGGCACAUUUGACGGUAACGGCGACUACUGGUAUCAAUGGAUCUCAGAACAACCAAACACAUCCAACUACCCAGGCCGGCCGCACGGCGUGACAUUCGACAAGCUUACGAACUCUGUUAUUCGUAGCCUCACCUUCCUGAGGAGCCAGAUGUGGUAUGUGAGAAAUCGGAUACUUGUCUCGAAAACCCCACCCUGUGGUCUUUGCUUGCUAACGGCCAAUCUUCAAAGGACUAUGUCAACCAUUAACUCUCACAACGUCUUGCUGGACAGUAUUCUUGUCAACAAUACAGGAAACUGGGCACAAAGCUCCAACACCGAUGGGGCUGAUACCAUCCGGUCUUCUCAUAUCGCAUUCAAUAACUGGACCGUCUACAACGGUGACGACAGCCUUUCAAUGAAGGCCAACAGCACCGAUAUAACCAUCACAAACUGCAAGUUCUACGAUGGUCUAGGCAUCGCGAUGGGGAGUAUCGGGCAGUACAACGAUCAAUUCGAGACCAUCGAGCGGAUCACGGUCGAGAACGUCGAGUAUGACAACACAUUACAUGCUGUGAGUGACCGCCGAGACACGGACACCAUAUGA